AUGGCAGCUGACCCCACGUAUCCUCUGUAUCCCGUGGCUAACAUACUUGCAGCAGCUUCCUUGCUACUCGUUCUUCUGACCAGUGCAAUCCGCCGAAGCUGGAACCUUGGUCUGGCCUUCUUAUGCUUCUGGUUAUUCUUUGAAGCUCUAGCAGACGGGAUCAAUGGGAUACUGUGGUCAAACAACGCCGAUCCCAAACUGUAUGUAUACUGCGAUAUCGUUACCCGGCUGCAGAUCGCUAGCUUCGUGGUCAAACCGAUGGCGACUCUCAUUAUGAUGCGCCAUCUAUACAACAUCGCCGGCCUCCGCUCCGUGGACUCGUUCAGGACGAUAUCUAGACAGUGGGAGUGGUUGAUUGACUGGACUGCGGGCGUCUUGAUUCCAUUCUUGGUCGCAGGACCGUUCUAUUACGUCGUACAAGGCGUCCGGUUCAAUCUAGUCGAAGGGUUUGGCUGCAUGAACGGAACGAAUCCGUCCAUACUCAGCAUUCUUCUGCUCGAGUUGUGGGGAAUCAUUCCUCCACUGUACUGCGUCGCCUUCUACUACCCAAGGGUUGUGCGGGUCUUCUACUUCCACAACAGAGACGUGAACCGUUUUAUGCGGAGUGAGGGCGAUACCUCAAUCUCCCGCUCAACAUACCUUCGCAUUCUCAUCAUCGCCAGCAUUGACAUCAUUCUCACUCUACCCAUGGGUAUCGUGGUACUCGCAUUCAACGUGGUGCUGUCGAAACAGAACGGGGAGCAACUGCCAUUCUAUUCCGGCUGGGCCUCUGUUCACACGAGCCUGGUACCACCGGGCACUGAAUACGCAGAUCUAGAAGCAGUCACACAAGGGAGGACCGUUUUGGUUCACCUCUACUUCGCUUUUGGGACGACACCAGUUCUCGCGUUCACCAUCUUCGCCCUGUUCGGUCUGACACACGACGCUCGCGAGUCAUACUGGCGCGCGUUCCGCGCUAUUGUGCGCCCAUUCGGAUGGCGGCUCGCUCACAUGUCAAGAAAACGAGAAGACUCUUCGCUGGACACGAUUGAAUUUGGCACGCCACCACAGGAGAGCACGCUCGAUGAUGAUGCUGAUGAUGCUGAUCAGAGACCAAGAAUGGCUAUGUUCACGCUUCCUACCUCCGACUCGCAAUGA